UCGCACUUGUAGUACUUCCUGUUGUCUUGCGCAAACUCAAAUCGUCGUAGUAUGCGGAUUUCGAAGCUAACUCGGCUAGCUAGCUUCUUCUGCUAAAAACAAGAUCGUUGUUGUGACGCUUCCGACGGCUAAAAUGUCUAAAACGCAGCCCCAGCCCCCGUUAUCAUCGGGAGCGACGUCCACCGGGGCACACUCGUCGUCCUCUUCGUCUUCAUCCGCGGGGGGCUCGACAUCUCCCGCAACCGUGUUGAACAUUCAGCCCGAGAAACCUCAGCACUACACAUACCUGAAGGAGUUCAGAACAGAGCAAUGUCCCCUGUUUGUACAACACAAAUGUACACAACACAGACCCUUUUCUUGUUUCCACUGGCACUUCUUGAACCAGCGGCGCCGCCGACCCAUGCGCAAACGGGACGGGACCUUCAACUACAGCCCAGAUGUUUACUGUACCAAAUACGACGAGGGAUCAGGAACCUGUCCUGAUGGAGACGAGUGUGCAUUCCUACAUCGGACAGCAGGUGACACAGAGCGACGGUAUCACCUGCGCUACUAUAAGACAGGCUCAUGUAUCCAUGAAACAGAUACAAAAGGCCACUGCAGCAAGAACGGUUCCCACUGUGCCUUUGCGCACGGGUCACAUGACUUACGCAGCCCUGUGUAUGAUAUCAGGGAAGUGCAAGUGAUGGAGUUGCAAGGUGGCUCGGGCCCCACAGAAGGAGCUGGUGGAGACGCACAGUCAGGCCAGGCCGCAAGUACGGCCCUCAUAGAGAAAAUACUGAGUGAGGAACCACGCUGGCAAGAUAACAACUACGUGCUGUCCCACUACAAGACAGAGCUCUGUAAGAAGCCACCCCGCCUGUGUCGCCAAGGUUACGCCUGUCCAUAUUACCAUAACAGCAAAGACAGGCGGCGGAGCCCACACAAGCACAAAUACAGAGCGUUACCGUGUCCAGCUGUGAAGCACAGUGAGGAGUGGGGCGAUCCCAGCAAAUGCGAGGGGGCCGAGGGAUGCCAGUAUUGCCACACCAGAACAGAACAACAGUUCCACCCGGAGAUUUAUAAGUCCACUAAGUGUAAUGACAUGCAGCAGUGCGGCAGCUGUCCCAGAGGCCCUUUUUGUGCUUUUGCACACGUUGAAAAGCCAGUGGCCCUCGAGGAACCAUCAUUUCCCUCUCCCAGCUCACCACCACCUCCACGACCUCCAGAUCCUGGCGCUGCAGAGGAGGCGGCGGCGGUGGACACAGCAGGACACAACAUGGGGCUUGGUCAUUUGGCUGACCCCUUCUCACCUUCUGCUGGCUCACUCGGAGCUGAGCAAGGACUGCUGGGUCGCGUGUUAACUCUGUGUGAGGCCAUGAGAGAAGGGGCCGAGCCUUUGUCUCCCUGGGCAGGAGAGGGAGGCUAUGGCAGGGCACCUGGAUUUGAGAGAGAGGAUCAGGCAAAGCAUAGAAGUUUUGCUCUUGAGCAGCGUAGCAGAGAGAUGACAUUAGCUCAAAGCAAACAGGAUCUGUUGGUGUUUCUACCUGUGGGCAGCCCUUUAAGCAUAUCCUCCAGCAUUCCCUCCAGUUUGGCUGCCACCCCGCCCAGCCCAGCACCUCCUGGACCCCCGGGAACCAGCAUCGCAUCAGGGAUGAACGCCAACGCCUUGCCCUUCUAUCCCACCAGCGAGACAGUGGAGUCAGUCGUUGAGUCAGCGCUGGAUGACCUUGACCUGAAUGACUUUGGCGUGUCGGCGCUGGAGAGAGGUUUGGAUAGCAGCGCCACGCUGCCCAGUGUGGGCAUUAUGCUAGGAGGUAGCCAGCUUCAAAGUUCUGCGCCCGUCAACAUCCCUGGAUCCUUCAGCACGUCCGGCCCUUUUAGCUCUCCUUCACCUUCCCCACCAAUCAGACCCAACACCUCCCCGUUCUUCUCCUCUCAGCUGUCACAACCAGGCCAACAGGAGACCUCUUUCCUGGGACCAUCUCACAGCUCCUUAGGUCUUAAUGGCAUGAGUAGUAACAUCUGGGAGCACUUCCCAUCAGGCCAAGGCUCCCCCGGGACCCCUCCUACCUUGCUACCCUCUGGUCCCUGUGCAGAGACCACCAGGCUCAAGCAGGAGCUGGAGGAGUCUCACAGAGCGCUGAAGCAGUGGGGUCACAGCUGGAGACACACAGCUCAGACGUGGGCCACACUGAAAGCCGACGCAGAGGAGUCGCGCGCCCACGCGGCACGGCUGGCCAUGGAGGCGGAGAGAACCAGGCAGGCCGAGGAGGAGGCACAGAGACAAGCUGCUCUCCUGGAUGAGGCGCUGGAGACCCUGAAGAGUGGCGAAAACCCCCAUCUAGCCCUACACCAGCUCCAGCUGUUACACAGACUGCCCUUAGAGUCCGUGCUCAGUCUGCAGGCACAGCUGUGCAGCUGCCUGCAUGCUGUGGAGCAGGUGGCGUACAAGAAACAGAGGCAGUGUUGCUUAUCGUGUGGGGAGCAAGGCUCCGUCUCCUUGCCGUGUGGACAUGGACUACAGUGCCAAAACUGCUCCAGCUCCGUGGAGUGCCCUCUCUGCCCCGACCAAGUACUGGAGCAGCAGCAGCAGCAGCAGCUCUCCUGACCUCACAGACCAUCACAGACCAUCGUAGAGACCUCACCUCACCUGAUUCCACAAAUACCAGCCAUGGAUCUCCAAACCAUUCCUCUCUGCGUGACAUCACACGUGGUUCCUGGCAAUGUCGGUGAUUAAUAAGCUCUUAAUAUGGGAAGAAGGAUGAAUUAGAGUUCAAGUAUUGACAAUGGGGUCACCAGUACACACACACAUACGUAUUUCAUGAGUUGUUGACCAGCAACACUGUUCUUUUCCACUUCCUCAUCUCAAGCAGCACUUCUUUAAUAGUACCCAUGGAGCACAUUUACUACUUCAUCAGGUACACUAUGAUGGCCACCUUGUAUAAAAGGACAAUUCAUAACGCUUCCGUAUUGCAUUGUAGCGGUGGAGCGUACCUAAUCAAGUGGCAGUCUGUCAAUCAGGAUAGUCUCAUUUCAGCAAAGAACAAAUUGCCAUUUAUAAAAAAAAAUUCUACUUUUAUACAUUUGUGUCACUUCUGGCUAAAUGUAAUUUUAGAAUCAUGACAGAAGUGUAAAUGGAUUUCCGACUUAAACAUAUUUAUUGUUUAACAUUAUCACAAGUCUUAGUAGUCUUCAGGUAUGAUGUAACACACGUUAAAGGGCAUAUUUAGUUCCAUCCUUGUUAUUAAUUGUAUAUCGCUAUAGCCAAAGGGGGCCAACAUAUGAGGUAGCGCUCAUCUAGGUUGAUCAAGUGUAUUGUAAGAUUUGGAAUGAACUCUACAACAUUGCAGCCUCUUAAAAGCACUCAGGUAGAAACAUAAAGAGGAAAGCAUAUGAACACAAUCAAGGUAAAAAUAUACUCAGUGGACUUGGUGUAGUCUUUUAAACCACCCUUUUCGGUGUAACUGUCGCAAUUGUACACAAUUUUAAUUUUCUUUUCAUACCUGCCAUCUUUAGCAUCUUUAGUACAGCUUUCUCUGACAUUGUACUUUAUUUACGUCAUUCUCUUUUGCACUGAUUAGACAAAACAAGUGGACCGGACAGAGACAAUCUAUCCUACUCCACUGUUUCCAAAUCAGUUUUUUUUGGUACAGAUCAUUAAAGCAAAUUGUAUAUUU